CGCCAAAUUAAAUCGGAAGUAAGUACGUGGCCGCUUCAGGCAGCUCAUAUUCUGCAUGAUGGCGACAGAGGUUCAGAGCGGCGACCUCAACAAUGGCAGUUCUAGCCGGCUCGAAGUCUCAAUCGAUGGCCUCACCCUUAGCCCGGAUCCCGAGGGCGAGCAGGAGCAAGUCUUUGAACCGGACCCCGUGCCCGCGGAGCAGGAGACCGAGGACCAGAGCACCGCCGAAGCCACCGACGAUGGGCAGGAAGGCGAGUCUGCCAAAACCACGAUAGAGAGGAAAUGGGGCUUUGGUUUGCUGGAGCUAUACGGACUAGCAUUGAAAUUCUUCAAAGAUAAGGAUGGGAAGGCCUUUCACCCCACCUAUGAGGAGAAGCUUCGUCUGGUGGCCCUCCACAAGCAGGUGUUACUGGGGCCAUACAACCUCGACGCCUCUCCAGAGGUGGGCUUCUUUGACGUCCUGGGCAAUGACCGCAGGAAAGAGUGGGCUGCUCUGGGUAACAUGGAGAAGGAGGAGGCCAUGGUGGAGUUUGUCAAGCUGUUGAACAAAUGCUGUAAUUUAUUCGCUCCUUACGUCACCUCCCACCAAAUAGAGAAGAAGGAGCAGGAAAGGAAACGGAGGGAGGAGGAGGAACGACAGCGCCGGGAGGAUGAAGAGCGGGAACGACAGAGACAGGAGGAGGAGAGCCGGAGGCUUGAGGAGGAGGAGAGGCUGAAGAGGGAGGAGGAGGAAAGGAGACAGUUGGAUGAGGAGAGGCUACGGGUUGAGCAGCAUAAACAGCAGAUCAUGGCAGCAUUGAAUGCCCAGACAGCGGUGCAGUUUCAGCAAUAUGCUGCCCAACAGUAUCCAGAGAGCCCUGAGCAGCAGCUGGGUCUCAUACGCCAGCUGCAGGAACAACACUACCAACAGUACAUGCAGCAGCUCUACCAAGUCCAGCUGGCUCAGCAACAGGCAGCCUUACAGAAGCAGCAGGAGGAUGCGGUGGUGCAGGCUACCCUGGAGGUCACAACUGAGCCUUUAGCUGCAGUUCCCCCGGCUAGAGAGGAGGUCCCCAUGCUCAACGGCCAGUCAGACUCCCACUCUGAGAGCAUGGACAAAGAGCCAGAACCCCUCGAGCCUGCCGACGAGGCCACUGAGAAUGGACCCAUGGGUACACGCACGCAUCGACCAGCAGACUCUUCCCCGGUCAUCGCGGCUCCCUCCAUGUGGACGCGGCCCCAGAUCAAGGACUUCAAGGAGAAGAUCCGACAGGACGUGGACAGUGUGAUCACGGUGGGGCGUGGCGAGGUGGUGACUGUGCGCGUGCCCACCCACGAGGAGGGCUCCUACCUUUUCUGGGAGUUCGCCACGGACCACUACGACAUCGGCUUCGGGGUCCUCUUCGAGUGGACUGAUGCCACCAACGCCUCGGUCAGCGUGCACGUCAGCGAGUCAAGUGACGAAGACGAUGAUGAGGAAGGGGAGCCUCCCAGGGAGGGGGUGAAGCUUAAGAAGGGGGCAGGGAAGCCCCAGGUGGAUGAGAUAGUGCCGGUGUACCGGCGGGACUGUCACGAGGAGGUCUACGCUGGCAGUCACCAAUACCCCGGCCGUGGAGUCUACCUGCUCAAGUUCGACAACUCCUACUCUCUCUGGAGGUCCAAGAGCGUCUACUACAGAGUCUACUACACCAGAUAAGCCUGGAGAUGGACUGGGGGAGGGUGGCUUGUGUCUGUAUGUUAAGUGAGGGGGAGGGGGGGUGAGAGGAUCUGUUCUGGACAAGACCACCAGAGGGUGACAGAAAUGUCAGACUCAGUUUGGAGAUGGGAACUUCUAUCUGUUUGUUGUGUGUGUGCAUACACCUCGUCGGAGUUUGGGGGGGGGGGGUUAACGCUGUAGUCUAUUUGCCGACCUGUCUUUUCUCUCUGAGACCACCUCUAGGACUCUGUUGUAUUAAUGUCUGUCUUCCCUGCACAAAGGUCAUCUAACCCACAGUCUAUGUUCUGUCAUGUCAUGUCAUUGUUAUGGCUGUGCUUCUAUCUGACUGAGACGCACGCUUCUUAACCGGAGUUUACAUUUUUCAAGCCCACCAUGGGUCAACACAGAGCUGAAGUUCAUACAGGGUUUUGUCCAAUGAGAGAAGUCCUGGACAGAGUCCAAACAGAGUGACACACUACAGCACCAUGCCUUUGUACUAUAGCAGGAGUCCCUUAUAGACCAACACUGAGUAACACACUCAACUGAACACAGUCAAUCGAUCCUGUAGUGGCAAUACUGCUGCGGAAAGAGCUACACCCAGAUCCACAUGAACGCCUAGCCCCUACCACCUACACCCUACUGGGAUCUGAGAGGGUUGGAUUAUAGGCAUAAGCAAUACGGCUUAUCUGUGCAAACUUUACACAUCUCCACAAGUGCAUAGGGAGAAGGGGCUAGGGGUAGAUUGGGUUCUAUUCUACUGAACGAGGGAUCAUUGAGAAGUGGGGAAGGGUUAUUGGUGGUGGAAGAGGGGAUAUGACAUGUACAUUGGAAAGUAUGGUUGAGGCCUUGUAAAUUUGGGCAUCUCGAAAUGGAAUGCUGAAAAAAGGUGAUUGUCUAAAAAGGAUUUAAUAAAUAUUUAUUUGCCCUUUCUUGUAGAGUAGGAUCAUUUUUGUGUCUGUAUAAUAUUUGGGUGUAUUUCAUCUCCAGUGGCCUCCCUGCUUCAGGAGACAUGUCUCUUUAGUCGUUAGAUCAGGGUUCCCAAAUCGGUGGCCUGCAGGUGAUUUAAAGAAAUAUAUAUAUAUAUAUAUAUAUAUAUAUAUUUUGGUCCCCUAAGUUUUUCUGGUGUAGGACAGACUAAAAUCAACAGGAAAUCAGCUCAAAGUGAUUUUUAAUUUAGGAAAUCUGUUCCCAAGUAUUCCCACAAAGAAAUAAAAAGGGAUACGAUCACAUAUGCCAAUGUAAUCAAGGUUUAAAAUGAUUCUGUUUUUGUCAAAUGCUUUAACUGUUUUGGAUUCUUGCAGUCAAUUUGCAGGGUACAAAUGAUAAUUGUUCGGCCUCCCGACUAUCCUCUCAAGGAGAACUGGUCACAUGGCUGAAUGUAAUGGCCCCUGUUUAGAUGCUUGCUUUUCUUUAUGGCCGCUGGUCUCAGGACAUGACAGGUUUCCAUCCUUAUCAUUUUCACCUAUCGGUCUAUCCCUAUAAGAGGGCAAGCCAGUAAAGAGUAUUGGGACAUACCACAUGUCUGUUCAGAGGGAGACUGGACACUUUCCUCUAUUGGCAAUUGUGUGUUGAGUUUGUCACUAAUUUGAUUUGACUCAUACAUACGCGCUGACAGCUGACAAUCCAAGAAGAUUUUUGCCUUUUGUUUUGGUCAUUUCACUGUUACAUCUCGAUAGCAUUUUAUCUUUCAGAAGUCCACAGCCAAGCACAAUAUUGGCUGUAUUUAUGUCAUUUGAUGGAUUGAUUCAGGUUUGUCAUCUCAAAUAUGGCUUUGAACUAUCGCUAAUAAACUGGUCAUUCAUGUCUGUUUGAGAGUAAUGCUCUCUGGUCAUUCAUGCCUCUGGUUGAGAGUAAUGCUCUCUGGUCAUUCAUGUCUCUGGUUGAGAGUAAUGCUCUCUGGUCAUUCAUGUCUCUGGUUGAGAGUAAUGCUCUCUGGUCAUUCAUGUCUCUGGUUGAGAGUAAUGCUCUCUGGUCAUUCAUGUCUCUGGUUGAGAGUAAUGCUCUCUGGUCAUUCAUGUCUCUGGUUGAGAGUAAUGCUCUCUGGUCAUUCAUGUCUCUGGUUGAGAGUAAUGCUCUCUGGUCAUUCAUGUCUCUGGUUGAGAGUAAUGCUCUCUGGUCACGUCUAGCUCUCUGGUCGUUCAUGUCUCUGGUUGAGAGUAAUGCUCUGAGAGUAAUCAGUUAUUGAGCUCAGCUGUUUUAACGCUUAUGAUUUCUGAGUUUAUUUUGCUGGCAUUAUUUGGUAUUGUUCAGACUGUUCACCUACCUUACAUCUGCAUGUUUUGUGUUUCACUUGAAGUCAGAUGGCCACCAGGGUUUGUUGAUGAGUUCUUCUUUUGAAAGACUUUUCGAUGAAUCCUGUUUGGUUUCUGAUGGAUGACCAAGUCUCCUUUCAAAUGAGUUGUACAGUGUCAACACGGGUCAGACUCUGUCUUAUCGGUAGGCCUGAUUCUAAUCCCGACUCCCUCUCCUAGUUGGAUGUUCCUCCUUGUUCAUUUGUUUAAAGUACUUUUGCUCACCAACUAGUAGCCUAAUGAUACAGAUUGUUCAAGCCUUGUAUGUAAAUAAUUAUAAAUGGAUUUUAAGUGUGGGUUCGAGAGAUGGGGGGGGGGACAAUGGGUUGAGAAGUGAUGCACUGUAGUAUGGUGAAUGAGAUUAUGUAUAUUGUUUCCCCAAAAAGUCUAACUCAAGUGUAAACUGAAAGACAAUGAAAUGUGGAAAAAUGCUCAUCCAUGUUUGUAUUGCUUUGACUGUAUGAGUUUGAAGAAUCUGGGCAUAUAUUUAACCUCGAUUACAUUUAUGCUCCUCUCUAUUACCUGAAUUUCUUCUCACGUGUUUUAUUUUUUACAAUGUAAAUGUUAAAUUGAGGUAAAUUUUGUUCUACUUUUUGUUACAGUCCAGGUGUUAAGAUGAUGUAGUAGACCUUCAUCAGUCUCAUUACAGAUGUUUCUUUUGCAAUCUUUUAGAAAUUAUCAUUUUAUAAACGUUGUGUACACUCUGUCCCAAAACAUGUGUGCCAGUUUUCAUGCAAAAUGUGUCAUUUAUAAAAAUGAAAUCUGA